AUGUUCGACCCGGCCGUCCCGCGCGGCGCCAUCGGCGCAGCACGCCUCGUCCGCCAGUGGGUCGGCUUGAGCCAGAGCGGCGACGUCGUCGACGUCGAGCCCUUUGACCCAAACUCGCUCGGGUCCGACAUCUACCUCGCCUCGCUCGACCUCGAGAUCGGCUACUGGUUCGAGAAGAGCGCCCGCCCCGACACGCCCCCAUUCUCGGCCGACGAGCUCCAGUCCGUGUUCCGCAAGGCCUACGACGGCCUCAUCGUCACGGUCGGCCAGCCCCUCGUGUUCGACUUUCACGGCCAGAACCUGCGCGCGACGGUGCGCUCGAUCGCGAGCCUCGGCCUCGGGGCGGCCAAGAACGGCGGCGGCAGCAUGCGCAGCGGCAUCCUCACGAGUCAGACCGAGGUCAACUUUGUCAAGGACCCCGCGAGCGCCAUUAAGAUCAAGUCGAGCUCGAAGAAGGCGCCGCCCAACGCCAUCUUGGCGCCCAACUUCAAGUUCGAGGACAUGGGCAUCGGCGGCCUCGACACCGAGUUCAGCGCCAUCUUCCGCCGCGCGUUCGCGAGCCGCAUCUUCCCGCCUGGCCUCGUCGAGAAGCUCGGGAUCCAGCACGUCAAGGGUAUCCUCCUGUACGGUCCGCCGGGCACGGGCAAGACGCUCAUGGCGCGCCAGAUCGGCAAGAUGCUCAACGCGCGCGAGCCCAAGGUCGUCAACGGCCCCGAGAUCCUCAACAAGUUUGUCGGCCAGAGCGAGGAGAACAUCCGCAAGCUGUUUGGCGACGCCGAGAAGGAGUACAAGGAGAAGGGCGACGAGUCGGGCCUGCACAUCAUCAUCUUUGACGAAUUGGACGCCAUCUGCAAGCAGCGCGGCUCGACCAACAACGGCACCGGCGUCGGCGACUCGGUCGUCAACCAGCUCCUGUCCAAGAUGGACGGCGUCGACCAGCUCAACAACAUCCUCCUCAUCGGCAUGACGAACCGGCUCGACAUGAUCGACGAGGCGCUCCUUCGCCCCGGUCGCCUCGAGGUGCACAUCGAGAUCUCGCUCCCGGACGAGCACGGCCGCGUCCAGAUCCUCACGAUCCACACGUCCAAGAUGCGCCAGAACGGCGUCAUGGGCCCCGACGUCGACGUGGCCGAGCUCGCGAGCCUCACCAAGAACUUUAGCGGCGCCGAGCUCGGCGGCCUCGUCAAGAGCGCCACGUCGUUCGCCUUCAACCGCCACGUCAAGGUCGGCACGCUCGCGGCCCUGAGCGACGACAUUGACCAGAUGCAGGUCGUGCGCGAGGACUUCUUGCACGCGCUCGACGAGGUGCAGCCCGCGUUCGGCGUCAACGAGGAGGAGCUCGCGGCCGUCGUCCAGAACGGCAUCGUCCGCUUCGACCACCACAUCGAGGACAUCCUCCGCGACGGCCACCUGUUUGUCGACCAAGUGCGCACCUCUGCGCGCACGCCCCUCGUCUCUGUCCUCCUGCACGGUCCGCCGGGCAGCGGCAAGACGGCGCUCGCGGCCACCAUGGCGCUCGCGAGCGACUUUCCGUUCAUCAAGCUCGUCAGCGCCGAGAACAUGGUCGGCUUCAGCGAGCAGCAGAAGGUGCAGCACCUGUACAAGGUCUUCAGCGACUCGUACAAGAGCCCGUUGAGCGUCGUCGUCGUCGACGGCAUCGAGCGCAUCCUCGACUGGGUCCCGAUCGGCCCGCGGUUCUCGAACGCCGUCCUCCAGGCGCUGCUCGUUCUCCUCAACAAGCGCCCGCCCAAGGACCGCCGCCUCUUGAUCCUCGCGACGACGUCGAACCGCGCCAUGCUCACCGAGAUGGACGCCAUGGACGCCUUUGCGACGACCGUCUCGGUGCCCGCCCUCACGUCGCUGUCGCAAAUCUCUGCCGUCCUCGACUCGGUCGGGCUCUUCCCCGCGUCGUCGGCGCAGAGUGGCGGCGAGAAGGACCGCGUCAUGCGCGCACUCGAGCAGGCCGGCAUCGAGCAGGCGGCGCGCGACGGCAGGUGGGCCGUCGGCGUCAAGCGGCUCCUCGGCGUGUGCGAGAUGUGCAGGCAGGACGGCGACCGCGCCGGCGACAAGCUCGUCGCCGAGCUCGUUGGCCUCAUGCUCUGAGUCGAGCCGAGCGACGAGCGGGCGGCGGCGGCGAGAUGUGCAGGCAGGACGGCGACCGCGCCGGCGACAAGCUCGUCGCCGAGCUCGUUGGCCUCAUGCUCUGAGUCGAGCCGAGCGACGAGCGGGCGGCGGCGGCGGCGGGCCGAGGCGAGGUUCGGCUCGAGGAGGAGGAGGAGGCUCGAGCGCGAGCGAGGGCGGACGAGACGGACUUUGUAACUGCUCGAGGCGGCCCUCGUGUGUAACUAGACCGAGAUCUCUAUGUU